UUCCUCAUCCGUUCGCACCAAAUUCAUUCCCAUCCGAGAGCGGGAACUGAGGGCAGUGAAGUUCUUGAGGGCAGAGGAAGUGGAGAGAGAGAGAGAGGCGAUGGCGAGCGCGGAGAAGGGCGACUCAGAGGUGGUUUCUGUGGAGCUUCCUGCGCCGGAGGGGUGGCGUAAGAAGUUUACUCCAAAACAAGGGGGCACUCCUAAAAGAAAUGAGAUAGUCUUCAUAUCACCAACAGGUGAAGAAAUUAAGAAUAGGCGGCAGCUGGAUCAGUAUUUGAGGUCUCAUACCGGAGGCCCGCCCUCUUCAGAAUUUGAUUGGGGAACUGGUGAUACUCCAAGACGAUCGGCAAGACUUAGUGAAAAGGUGAAGACACCAGAAACAGAGAAGACGAAGCAGGCUAGCAGCUCAGGCUCACAUAAGGGGGUAAAAAGAAAGAAAAAUACUGAAGAUGGUGGGCACAAAGUAGAGGGAGAGGGAUCGGGCUCGCAUAAGGGUAGAAAAAGAAACAAAAGUACUGAAGAUGAUGGACACAAAGCUGAGGAAGAAGUUCCCAAAGAUGUGGAUAUGGAAGAGUCGAAAGAUGCUGAAGAAGAAGCUUCCAAUGAAGGAAUUCAUUCCUUAGUUGAGGACUUGGCUGACAAAACGAAGGAGAGUGCUGAAGGGAAUGCGGAGAAGCCUGUAAAAGGUCAGGGUGCCAUUGAGCAUGAGUUAGCUGACAAAGCAAAGGAAAAUGAUGCGGAGAAAGUGGAGCAGGAUGUGAAACAGUCUGAGGGAAAAGGGACAAAACUUGAGCCAGGAAAUGAAGCCAAGGAAAAUCAAAAUGCUACUGAAAUUUCUCAGCCAGCAUCUGAUUCUGAAAAAAAUGCUUUAAUUGAGAAGGAAGGUGAUGAGAAAGAUGCAGUAAUUUUGUCCAAUGAUGGUGGGAAAAAGGAUGAAAAAGUAAAUGUUACCCCCAAGGACAACCCUGAGCCAGGGAAAGAAGUUCAGGUUGAUGAGGAAAAUGUAGCAAUCUUGUCCAAUAAUGGUGGAAAUAAGGAUGAAAAAGUAAAUGUCGCCCCCAAGGACAACCUCGAGCCAGAGAAAGAAGUUCAGGUAAAUCUAAAUAAUGCUGAAUUUUCUCCAGCAGCUUCUGAUUCGAAGACGGUUGCUUUAAUUGAGAAGGUCGAUGAGGUUUCUGCUGCCGAAAAGGGUGAAGCUUCGGUCCAUACUAAAGAUACAGAAAUCUUGCCCGACAGUGAUGGAAAGGUUGAAGAAGUACAUACUGCCUCGAAGGACAAUUUGGAACCAGGGAAAAAAGAAAAACUGAAGGAUACUGAAGUUUCUCCACCAGUUUUUGAUUCUGAAAAUGUUUCCUUGACCGUGAAGGAUGGUGAGGUUUCUGCUGCAGAAAAGGAUGAAUCUUCAGCCUUCAUGAAAGGCACAGAAAACUUGUCAGAGAAUGGUGGUAAGAAAGAUGGAGUGAAUGCCGCCGCUCCAGAGGACAACUCCCUCCAUAACUAUGAUGAUGGUAAGGCACAGUUUGAAUCUUUUCCAGCCAAUCGGUAAAACCCAAAUUAAUAGUUUCAUGUUUAUAUGCUACAUCUCUUGUGUAAGCUUUUAUUGUAGGCAUGAAUAGCUUAAAUGUUUAGUCCUAUCCUGUAUCAGGUAAUCUUCUCAUCAGUCUUUAUUCACAUUCUGCUACUCGUCACUGUUAUCUGUAAUAUGGUAUUUUGGUAUCUGGCACCCGUAGAAAGUAACAUAUGUGCUCA